AUGAAGAUCAUCCCGUUGAGCUUCAUUUUAAUAAUCCAACUCAGCACAGUAACUCUCAAUAAAACAAAUGGAGAAGCUCGUUUUCUAAUCUUCCCGCAAACUUCGCCAACCCGCCACCAGCUGAUAGCCGGAAUCGGCAUCCCGCUGGGGAUUCCCGUGUCCGUAACGACCGGCUGGGUCAUCAAGGCGCAGUACUUCCUGCCGUACAACGUGGACGAUCUCAAACCAGUCAGGUGGCCAGGCUGGAAUGGUGCGGUUAAGAAACGAGAAGCUGAUGGAGUUCACUUCGAGCAUUACGAGGUCAAUGAGGUGAGCAUUGAGAUGGAGAAGCUGUCGGACGAGGACGAUGACGGGUUCGAGGAUGGAGAUGACAACUACUGGUUGGACGAGGAGGAGGUCGAGCGAUCCCAGGAAGCUGAUCAGCAGUUCCCACCAAACGAGUCGAAUGCCAAAGAAGUUGAAGGCUACAACGCUGAACAGUCUCGUUGGAUUACGUACAAGACGUUGGAGCAGGUUGGUGGACGGUACGGCGCAGGAGGUCGUCCCUGUGUUCUGCGAAGCAUUUGCGAAGCUGCUGGAACUGAAUUUUCCAUCAGCGGAGGAGUUUUUGCAGAGCUGUUGCACGUUAUUUUCUCCCCAUCAACUACAACGGAACAACUAUCAGAGUACAGCGACAACGAGUACUACCGGGCGGAACAACUUGGAAGAGAGGGAGCCCCAUGUGACCGGAUAUUUCAUGAGUGUGAACGAUCAAUUUUAGAAUUGUUCACAAAAGUACAUGACUAUUAA